GAUCGGAUCAUAUCUAUACAACUACAACGUAAAAUAAUCCGCAUUAUUAGUUUCGUUAAACGAGACGGAGGCGGACGAGCAGGGAUCGAGACCUGAUAUUGCGGUGUGGCGAUCCAGGGACCAAACCCCACGGAGCUCCCGAAACAUUAACACGUCAUGCUAAGCUCCGACCCUUCCUUGUCUUCCCCGCCGCCGGGUCUGGACUUGCGCGCCUCGACCUUCUCGACACCGACACGCGCGUCUCAACCACAGAGAGCUGUCCCGGAUGAUGAUGAUGGAUUCGCUUCCCCGCGGCAGCAGUUCGAGAGGCACACUCCAACUCCCGGUUCACCACUCCAUCCAGGCCACCACCACCAGCAGCAACAGCAACAGCAGCAGCAUGGCCUGAGCGCGCCGCGCCCCUCACUCUCGCCGUUGUCAGAAUAUCACAGUGGCUUUGCGGAUGAGGAUCUCGGCUCCCCCCUCAACCUAGGCAACCAUCGCCGACAGCAUUCCUUCCCUAACCUGCUACCGCUGGCCCUCAGAAACAGGACGCCCUCGCCAACGAGGAAGACGCACGUCAGGUCGCCCUCGGAGCAGAUGCCCUACACCGGCGACGGGAGGGUCAACGGGAGGACCGCGGCAGCGAGUCCGCGAAGUGGUGGUGGUGGAGGAGGAGGAGGAGGAGGAGGAGGACUAGUCAGCUGGUUGAGCGGCAGCGCGGCGGCAGCAAAUGCACUCGGUCUGUCCCACCAGCCGGGAACCUCCAAAGAUGCCUCCCCAACGCCCACCGCCACGCCUACCCGCAACGGCCGAAAUGCCGGUUUCAACAGCAAUACCGCGGAUGUAACGACACCGAAGAGUGCCACUACCACGACCGCCGCGUCCCGCUUCAUGUCGGCCCUUUCAUCUCGCUUCACCUCCGCCACCCCGACCAACAGCUCGUCCCUCCGCAACCCGCCGAUUGGAGAACAGCAGGAGGACGAACUAUGCACUCUCGACAUCGAAGCCGCCCUCUUCCCGUCCUCCCCAUCCUCCCCGUCCUCCUCGGCGGCGCGCGACCCUUUCUCUCCCUCGGCCUUCAAGAACCUGCACAUGAACGCCGUAGGCCUGCUGACCCGGAUGCAGGCGGCCUAUCGGUCGCAGGCCGCGGCGCUGCGCGACCUGCGCGCCGAGCGCGCGGCCGAACGGGAUGAGCUCGAGGAGGCGGUCACGCGCGCCGCGCACCUCAAGAUGCAGCUCGAGGGAAUGGCCCGGAAGGCCGCGGAGUGGGAGGCCACCGUGCAGGAGCUGACCGGGGAACUGGAACGGGAGAGGAAGGCCAGGGCGAGGGCUGAAGCCGCCGAACUCGCUGCUGCCUCCGCUGCUGCCGCCGCUGCGGCAGCGGUGUCGUCCAAGAUGUCGGAGGGCGAGGGGGCACCCUCGAUGGUGUCGGAAGAUUUGGGUGUCGAGGAGGAUAGGAGGCGGAGGCGGAGGCGGAGGCGGCUGAGGAGGAGUUCUGGGGAUGAAGGGGGAGAGGAGGUGGAGGAGGAAGGGAGUAGCACUACGGAUGACGAGAUUGACAGCGCUGAGAGCGAGAGCGUCUUCUCGCGGUGUCGGAGCCCGCCGCUGACCCUGCAGUCGCCGCUGCAGACCCGAGCGGCGCCGACAGCCGCGUCGGACGGGGCAUCCGCCUCAAGAGGGGUUACGGGCGGGUCCGGGACGCCGAGUGGUAAGAAUGCUGGCGGCAGCGGAUCGGUGAAUGCCACGCCUAAGCAGAGGACUGGGCAAGCCAUGGGCGCGUUCCAGAAGAUUCUGAAGGGCAUUUCGGGGGAUACGGCGGGCUGUUCGAACUGCAAGGGACAGGAUGCGAGCGUCGCGUGGGAUACGGUUAGUCUGUUGAGGGACGAGAACCGGCAGCUGAAGAACCGGAUCGGGGAGCUAGAGCACGCCGUGGAAGGGGCACUGGAUCUGGUGAACGGGGUCGGGCUAAAAGUCCCUCAGCUGGCUUGAUUUGGCUCCGGCGUCUGGCUUGGGCAAGCAAUUUAGAAUUGGAUAUCAAGGGUUUCAUUCCUGGUGUUUUUGUGGUUAAGGCGCCGUCCCGCAUGGCAGGAACAUCUAUCGGCACCUGGACGACAUAGACUGGUUCAUGGUCGUCGGGGACCGAAAAUGGGUAGCCAUAUUCAUACUAUAUCCACUGUACCCCUUUGCUGCUGGACUAAUAUUCAAGACACCGGACCUUCUCGUCCAGCAUGGCGUUACGGUGCCUUGUCUUGUCUACGCAGAGCUCUGGUCGAGUUACAAGAACGAACUUCCUCUCGCACAUGCCCGCCACAAUGCCAUCCUACCCAAUCUCCCCCC